AUGUCGCUCUAUCUCCUUAUCACUUUGUUUGUCACCCAAGUUCUGGCAAUAUGGCCGCUACCAUCAAGUAUGACGACGGGAGAAGAUGUGCUGUUCGUGGAUCGUACAGUCAAGUUCGUCUAUAAUGGUGCCCCACAGCAGGGAAACUAUGGCCACCACAACACGUCGUCUCAGAAGGUCAUCUCUACAGCGAUCAAGUCCACCACUCAAAUUCUGUUUGAACAGAACUUCGUUCCAUGGAAGUUUCACCCUCGCCAUUCGGAUUUCGAGCCUGCGAUCAACACUUCUUGCAGCUACAUCAAAACAGUAUACUUAGAACAGACUGAUGCCGACCCUGCAAAUGUGACGAAGCCUCUGGCCGGCGAUGUUGACGAAUCCUACUCAGUCUCCAUUGCGACUAAUGGCCAAGCUACCAUCACCGCCGCAUCAUCGAUCGGCAUUGCACAUGGCUUGACGACGUUCACUCAACUGUUCUACAAGCACUCCAGCGGUGCAGUCUACACACCUUAUGCCCCAGUGAACAUAACAGAUGCUCCCAAGUUCCAGCAUAGGGGCCUGAACAUGGACGUCUCGCGAGUUUGGUAUGGACCGGCUGACAUAACCCGGAUGAUCGAUGCCCUCGCAUACAACAAAUUCAAUCGCCUGCAUCUUCACAUCACAGAUGCUCAGUCUUGGCCAAUCGAGAUUCCAGCACUGCCCAUGUUGGCCGAGAAAGGUUCGUACCGUGAGGGCUUGACUUACAGCCCUCAAACAAUGGCGUACAUUCAAGAUUAUGGUGCCUCACGAGGUGUAGAGGUAAUCCUCGAGAUUGAUAUGCCAGGCCAUACCUCGUCCAUCGCCUACGCAUACCCGGAACUUAUAGCUGCGUUCAACGAGAAGGACUGGUCAGCAUACGCCGCGGAGCCACCGUCUGGAACCUUGAAGCUUAACUCUUCGGCCGUGACCGAGUUCCUGGACACUCUUUUUGAGGAUUUGCUGCCACGAGUCCUGCCUUACUCGUCAUAUUUCCAUACUGGUGGUGAUGAGGUCAAUGCAAAUGCCUACAACCUCGACGAUACUGUGCGCUCAAACGAUACUGCUAUACUUCAGCCAUUGAUGCAAGCCUUCGUCGACAGAGCUCAUGCCAGAGUGCGAGCUGCUGGUCUGACUCCCAUUGCAUGGGAAGAAAUGCUGUUGACCUGGAACCUGACCUUAGGAUCUGACGUUGUGGUCCAGACCUGGCAGAGCGACGAGGCAGUCGCUGAGACUGUCAGCAAAGGCCACAAAGCUCUGGUUGGCAACUACAACUACUGGUACCUUGAUUGUGGCCAUGGCCAAUGGCUUGACUUUUACCCUGACGUCGCUCAGACAUAUUAUCCCUACCAAGACUAUUGUGCGCCACUUCACAACUGGAGAUUGAUGUAUGCCUACGACCCGCUGAAUGGCGUCCCGGCAAACCUAACACAUCUUGUCCUGGGCGGCGAAGUCCACAUCUGGAGUGAACAAACUGAUCCUGUCAAUGUCGAUAGGCAAGUGUGGCCACGCGCAUGUGCAGCCGCCGAAGUCCUCUGGAGUGGCGCCAAAGACGAGCAUGGGCAGAAUCGUAGUCAAAUAACCGCAAGUCCGAGGUUGAGCGAGAUGCGAGAGCGACUAGUUGCGAGAGGUGUUGGCGCCGAGCCCAUCCAGAUGCCAUUCUGUACGCAGAAUGGUACCCAAUGCGCUCUUCGUGUGGGACAGCUCGUGGCAAUCAUGGCCGUCACUCGGUCCGACGCCGCAUCAUCAAACCACAGCCCAAUUUUGAUUGGCCUGGGCGGCAUAUUACUCCUCUUCCUCGCAAGACACGUAUUUGCCAGAAUACAAGAAGAACGCAAGAUCCGAUCUCUGGGAGCUCACGCUAAGACGAUCAGUUCCUGGGUGCCAUUUGGACUCGGUUUUGUAGCUAGAACCGUGCGAGACCAAUUUAACCACGAUCUUCUUGCAGGAUGGUACAAGACGUUUGCCGACACCUCAGCGGUUCAUCCCUUUACCCGUGAGAUAAGGACCGUAGGAACGCGACUGGUCUUGACUGCAGAUGAGGAAAAUAUCAAAGCUAUCCUGGCCACUCAAUUCCAUGACUAUGGAAAAGGCGCACAGUUCAAUUCCGAAUGGCAUGAUUUCUUGGGAGAUAGUAUCUUUACCACGGACGGAGAGCAAUGGCACGCUUCUCGUCAACUCAUCCGGCCUCAAUUUAUCAAGGAUCGUGUCUCUGAUCUAGCAGUCUUUGAGAAACACUUGAAUGUUCUUCUUCCCAUGCUCGGCGGUUCCAAAGAUGGUCAGACUGUGGAUGCGAUGGAUCUUUUCUUCAAAUUCACAUUGGAUGCCAGUACCGCUUUCUUGCUUGGUCACAGUGUGAACAGUUUGGAGAACCCUCAGGAUCGUUUCUCUGAUGCUUUUGCCACAGUCCAGAAUGUCCAAUCAACCAUUGCUCGAGUUGGACCGCUCAACCGAUUUGUGCCACGCAAGGCGUUCUACGAAUCUCUCAAUAUCAUGGAACAGUUUAUACAGCCGUUCAUCGAACAGACUCUACAGUUGACUCCAGAGGAGCUCGAGAAGAAGUCCAAGUCAGACGAAGGCUACAACUUCUUGUAUGCGCUUGCUAGCUUCACUCGCGAUCGCACAGUCUUGAGAGAUCAAUUGACUGCUGUAUUGCUCGCUGGACGUGAUACUACUGCAUGCACGCUCUCAUGGUUGUUCAGCGAGAUCUCCAGAAGACCGGACAUUGUCGCCAAGCUACGUCGCGAGAUCGAGGAGCACGUGGGUAUGGACAACAAGCCUACCUACGCUCAUCUGAAGAAUAUGCGAUACCUUACUCAUGUCAUCAAUGAGACAUUGAGACUAUACCCUAUCGUACCUUUCAAUGUCAGAGUUUCCUUGAAAGACACGACUCUGCCGCGUGGAGGUGGCCCUGACGGUACCCAGCCUAUUGGUAUUCCUGCCAAUACUCCCGUCGGUUACUCGACCUUGUUCCUACAGCGCCGUGAAGACAUCUAUCCUCCAGCUUCUGAUAAGUUCCCUCACCACCUCAGCUUUGAGCCUGAUCGAUGGGACGGAUGGAACCCAAAGAUGUGGACAUACAUUCCCUUCAAUGGUGGACCACGCAUUUGUAUCGGCCAGCAAUUUGCUCUGACCGAAGUGGCUUACACCGUCGUUCGCAUCUUGCAGACAUACUCACGAGUCGAGUGCAAGAUGGCUAAGCCACCGAAAAUGAAGAUUGACAUUGUGGUUCAACCUGCCGAGCCUGUCAACCUGGUUUUCCAUCGAGCCUAA